UGCGUGAAUUCGUCCCGUUCUAACGAUCAUUCUCCCUCGAGGGAGAGAAAUCGAGCGAACCGUGUAGCCAAGACCCGUUUACUGCCUGAGGACGGUUAGUGUCGUGUGCCCGUGGCACAGCACGAUCACGGUGGUGUGCGCGCGCGCCUUUAUUUAUUCGAUCAUUGACAAUGACCGCGUCCGCGGAGGAUUAUUACGACGGCUCGCGGGCCUUUACCUGGCUCGCGGACACCAUCGACAUCCCGAUCGACCAGGUGAAUUUCCUGCUGACACAAUUCACAGCACUGGUAUUGGCCGGAUUUUUAAGGACGUUCCUUAACCCAUUCGCCGUAACAGCAGCCACCAGACAUGUCUUUGGUCUCAUCAUUGGUCUCGCUCUUGGGUAUUUCUGCUUUGGCAAACAGACGAUACACCUCGCGGGUCUCCCAGCAUUAUGUUACAUAGUAAUGCGAACACAGAAUCCUCGCAAUCUGCAGAGGGUUGUGCUGACGACCGCGUUGGCUUACUUAUCAUGCGUGCACUACCAUCGACAGAUGUACAAUUAUAGCUCGUAUACGCUCGAUAUCACCGGACCGCUGAUGGUGAUCACACAGAAGGUGACCAGCCUGGCGUACAGCAUACACGACGGCUUGACACGCCGCGAGGAGGAACUCACACCAUCGCAGCUUCAUCAAGCCGUGAAAAAGAUGCCGAGCACUUUGGAGUACUUUAGCUACGUCUUCCAUUUUCAAGCUCUGAUGGCCGGUCCGGUGAUACUGUAUCGUGAUUACAUGGAUUUCAUUCAAGGACACAACCUAAGUGGACGGAAAGCUCUGACGGGCUGCGACAAAAGCUCCAGUCACUACGACGAGAUAGUCCUGGAGCCAUCCCCUACACCCGUCGUGAUAAAAAAAGUCAUAGUAAGCGUACUAUGUGCCGCCAUGUUCGUGACUUUCAUUCCAACGUACUCGAUUCAAAGACUGAAAGAGAAAGAAUUUUUAGAGAACACGACGGUAAUCCAGAAGUUCUGGUACUUGAUGAUGGUUACGAUGUUGGUCCGUUUCAAGUAUUACCACGCUUGGAUUUUUGCUGACGCGAUCUGCAAUAAUUCAGGAAUUGGGUACAACUGGUCUGCUAAAGACGGCGAAAACAACUGGAAUCUGUACUCCAACGUCGAUGUCGCUGGUUUCGAGUUGUCCGUGAGUUUGAAGGACAGUAUCGAUAGUUGGAACAAAGGAACCACAAAGUGGCUGAGGUAUAUCGUAUAUGAAAGAGUCAAAUCCAAUAAAAUUUUGUGGACGUAUGCCCUUUCCGCUUUGUGGCACGGGUUCUACCCCGGUUACUAUAUGACGUUCGCUAACGGAGCCUUCUUCACCAUGGUAUCGAGAAUUAGUCGUCGCAACAUUCGCCCGUACUUUUUAGGGUCCAAAAGUAAAAAGUUCCUUUACGAUGCGCUUACUUUCACUGCAACACGAAUUACGAUGUCCUAUAUAGCUUUCAGCUUUGUACUCUUGGAAUUUAUGCCAAGUAUUCGAGUGUACCUGUUUUUAUACCUGAUCCCACAUUUAAUGGGCCUAGCUAUAAUAAUCGUCGCACCACGUCUUCCGAAGAUUCCACCGCACACAAAGGUCGCCGAUAAGGGACCAAACGGUUCUCAGGAAUUAGUCAACGGGAAUGCGCGCAAAAUCAUGUGAAAUCUAUUUCAACGCGACCGAACGGUCACGAGAGAAACAUAUUUUUUAUGAAUGUUUUACUAUACAUCUAAAUAUUAUGUAUAUAUUAUAUAAACACGCGCACAUAUAUACGUACGAUAUUUAUUGUUAUGAAGUGUUAACGAUACAGAUUUUAUGUCGAGCGUGUAAAGAGUAUAGUUGUUUUAUAUAAUGUGAGUGAAUAAUAUCGUAUAUUUAUGAGUGUCUCGUGUAUAUGUUAAGAAAGGAGACCGUUUGCCGUUUAAUGUUCGCCAGCAAAUAGAAGAGACCUGGCAAAGCUGCAGAUUUUAUUGUUCGCGCGAAUACACGAUGAUCAUCUUUAGCA